AGCCAUGCACGGCUAGCCAUCUCUCUCAUCUUCUCCUAUCCUGUCUUCCAUAGUCGCAGCCAAAAGCUAAAACCCUACCAAAACCCUCUCUCUCUCUCUCUCUCUCUCUCUCUUUGUAUUUUUCCAAGCUCUGUUUUCUGUUGUAGAAACAAAGCUAAAAGCCAUGUACUCAACCCUCUCUCCAUCUCUUUCCACAGCACAAAGGGCCCCACCUUCGAAAGCCCCACCAAAAUCAACAGGAACACUUCCAGCAGGAGCAGCGGCAGAGACUUCUCUCUCUCCUUCAGGUUCUUCUUCUUCGUCUUAUUCUCUUCCUAUAAGAGCUCCUCCUACUUCAGAUUCCUCUGAUGAUGAAGAAACCAUUGUCGAAGAACCGAGCGAAAGUGAAGAACACAGAAAAAUUUCCAUUCAUUACAGAAAAACCAGUUCUGAAUCGAAAAUCUUUGAAGAUAGCAUUGAGGUGGUUUCUGGAAGGUCUUUUUCCAAAGACCCAGAUGGAGAGAAUCUGGAAAUAGCCUCUGGGGGAGAGGAAAACGGAGUUCCUUUUGUCAGUUCCGAUGUGGGUUUUCCUCCGCUGAAAACGCUGAUGCCGGUCGCGCAUUUAUCGGUUGAGGAUGAGGAUGGAAUUGGCGAUGUGGGGUCGGUUGGUGACAUCGAGGAUGAUGGGUUUUCAGAUGUGAUUGUUCGGGUUCCUCUGUUUCUAGAUGGUUUGAAAAUGGAUGAGAGCAGAGAUUGUAAUGCUGAAAAUCAAGGAAUUUGGGUUUCAGGUGGUGAAUUAGAAGACCCAUCAAGAGAUUCCGAUGCCAUCAGAGCAACGGGAUUGGGUGAGAUAUUGGUUCUUGUCAAGGAUGCGGAUGCAAUCAAAGGAGAUGCUGAAAGUGCUGAAAACGCGAUCAAAGGAGAUGUUGAAAGUGCUGAAAAUGGUGUUUUGUGUCGGGAAGCAAAAGACUGUCCUGUGGAAAAGGAUCCUGUUGAGGCUUCGGCUGCAGUUGAAUUGGUUGAAUACAGUUUGGAGGCGGACAAGGGCAAUGUCUUGCCUGAAAAUCUGAUGACCAGUGAGAAUGUAAAUGUGUCAGUGGAAGAAAUCCUUGCAUUUGAAAGGCAGGAGCUUUUGUUGAUUGAAUCAAAAGACAGUAUUCCAGAUGAGAAGGAUGGGGUACCUGAUAGCAAUAAUCAGAAGUCAGCAAUUGGAGGGGGUUUGAUUGCUGAAACUGAACAGUCAGGUGUGUUGGGGGUGUCUGAAAAUGGGCCUUCGGAAACACAAAAGGGGAAGCCUGUAGUUGAAGAAGAUGCAGUUUUGCAUGGUGGGUCCAAUCAAUCUAGCCCCGUCAUUGAAGAAGCGAAAGAUUUGAAGCUCACUGAAGCAGAUUUACAUGAGGAACUAGGAUUCAGAUCAGUUGCAGCAUUAUCUGAUUUUGAAACACAACUGAAUGAGCAAGUAACCAUGUUGGCUGUGGAUGCAAUGGAAUCUGAAUGUCUAACCGAUGGACAUGGCAUGUACGAAGAGCAGAUCGCUGACUCUAGCUGUAAUCCAAUAGAACUGAAUUUAUGUGAGCAGAUGGAAUCACAGCCUCUUGUUGUUGAGAAUUCCGAAUGUUUGGAGAAUGAUAGUGAGAUGACAGGGAGUUUCGGCCUAACUUCUCAUGAUAAUGGAAUGGCGGAUGCUGAAGAAUCGCAAGUGAUUGGGGAAUAUGAAGAAAAUGCUUACAUGAUUGGAGCAGACGAAGACUUGGUUUCAGAUGAAUAUGCAAUCUCCGGGGGCUCUGAAACUGCCAACCUGAUUCUAAGAGAAAUGGACCUAGGUUCUUCCCGUUCUCAAAUGGGUUUUGAGAGCUCUUAUGAUGACUUGCAGAAGAUUGAUGCACAGAUCAUUUCGGACUCAGAUGAAGAAGGGAGCACUGAUGAGGAGGCAGACAGGAAAGGGUUAUUCGACUCUGCUGCAUUGGUUGCACUCUUGAAGGCAGCUAGUGGCACAGGAGAAAAUGGGAGUGUCACUAUCACCGCUCCGGACAACGCUGGGAUUUUCUCUGUUGAGCGUCCUGCCAGUUUGGGACCGAGGGCUCCAUCUCUAUGGCGUGGUCCUCACCCAUACCAACCAAGCAUCUUUACUCCCUCAGAAGUUUCCGUUGUGGGAGAGUCGGAAACUAACAUGGGUGAGGACGAAAAGAAGUUGUGGGACAAGAUACAGCAGAUGAGGGUGAAGUUCUUGCGUCUUGUUCAGCGACUGGGCCAUUCUCCCGAAGAUGCAGUGGCCGCACAGGUUUUACAUCAGCUGGGCCUCGCUGAGAGUAUCAGCCUGGGGAGACAGGCUGGUCGAGAUUUUUCCCUCGAAGGUGCCAAGAAAACAGCAAUGCAAAUGGAAACAGCUAGGCAAGAUGAUCUUGACUUCUCCUGCAAUAUUCUAGUCAUUGGGAAAACUGGAGUGGGUAAGAGCGCAACCAUAAAUUCCAUUUUUGGCAAAGAAAAGACUCCAACAAGUGCAUUUGAACCCGCAACUAAUGCUGCGAAAGAGAUUUUUGGAAUGGUAAAUGGGGUUAGGAUGCAUGUCAUAGACACGCCAGGUCUCCGACCAUCUGUGAUGGACCAAAAUAUGAACAAGAAGAUCUUACUGUCCGUGAAGAAGAUUAUGAAGAAAUUUCCACCGGAUAUCGUUCUCUACAUUGAUCGGCUUGACACUCAAACAAGAGAUUUUAAUGAUCUGCCGAUGUUAAGAUCAAUCAGUACUACUUUGAGUCCAUCCAUCUGGUUGAAUGCCAUUGUUGUGCUGACUCAUGCUGCUUCUGCACUACCAGAUGGACCAAAUGGGGCUCCGUUGAGCUACGAGGCAUCCAUUGCUCAAAGAUCCCACAUUGUUCAGCACUCCAUGCGGCGGGCCGCUGGUGAUAUUCAUCUGAUGAAUCCAGUCACUCUAGUUGAGAAUCAUCCCUCUUGCAUAAGGAACCAAGAUGGCCGAGCAGUGCUUCCCAAUGGCCAAAGUUGGAGGUCUCAGCUACUGCUGUUGUGCUACUCUUUGAAGGUCUCAUCCGAAGUGAAUUCACUAUUGAAACUUCAAGACCCACCUGCCAGGAAGCUUUUCGGGUUCCGUGUUCGUUCCCUGCCACUACCCUUCUUCUUGUCUUCUCUUCUGCAAUCUCGGGCUCAUCCCAAACUCUCUACCGAUGUAGGCGGUGAGAAUGGCGGCUCUGAUGUUGAUUUGGCAGACUUAUUGGAUUCUGACCAAGAGGAGGAAGAAGAUGAGUAUGAUCAGCUUCCGCCGUUCAAGCCUCUGAGAAGAUCUCAGAUUGCCCAGCUUACCAAGGAACAAAAGAAGGCAUAUCUCGUGGAGUAUGAUUAUCGGGUCAAGCUCCUUCAGAAGAAACAGUGGAGAGAGGAGCUUAAAAGAUUGAAGGAGAGCAAGCAGAGAGUGAAGGAAGGGCAGGAUGACUAUGGGUACAGAGAUAUGGCCCAUGAAGAUUUCGAUCAUGUGAAUGAGGACCCUGCAGCUAUAUCAGUUCCUUUACCCGAUAUGGCCUUGCCAUCAUCCUUCGAUGGGGACAAUCCUUCUUACAGGUACCGGUUUUUGGAACCGACAUCGCGGCUUCUGGUGCGGCCUGUUUUAGACACGAAUGGGUGGGACCAUGAUUGCGGGUAUGACGGAAUCAGCCUUGAAGAGAGUCUCGCUGUUCUUGGCCGGUUUCCAGUGUCUGCAUCGCUCCAAAUCACAAAGGAUAAGAAGGAAUUCAGCAUUCACUUGGAUUCAGCGGUUUCAGCAAAACAUGGCGAGAAUGGUUCGACUCUAGCAGGCUUUGAAAUUCGAAGAGUUGGAAAGCAGCUCGCCUACAUUCUAACAGGCGAAACAAAAUUCAAAAUUAUUAAAAAGAACAAGACCGCUGCUGGUGUAUCCAUUGCUUUCAUAGGUGAAAAUAUAGCCACCGGAAUCAAGAUCGAGGAUCAUAUUUCAAUUGGUAGACAGUUGAGUCUGGCCUGUAGCACUGGUGCGGUCUGCGGGGAGGGCAAUGUUGCCUAUGGGGCCAACUUGGAAGUUCGCCUCAGAGAUCAGGAUUAUCCGAUAGGCCAAGACCAGUCCACCUUUGGUCUGUCUUUGAUGAAGUGGCAGGGCAACUUAGCAUUGGGGGCCAACCUGCAAUCACAAUUUGCAUGUGGUAGGAACUCUAAGAUGGCCAUCCGUGUCGGACUCAACAACAAACUCAGUGGGCAGAUCACGGUCCGGACGACCAGCUCAGAGCAACUCCAGAUCGCGCUCAUGGGUCUUCUUCCUAUCGCCAUUUCAGUCUUCAGGAUCAUCUGGCCCGGUGAAUCUCAGUUCGCUCACUAGAUUUUUUUUUGUUUUGUUUCAUGUUAUAGUCAUUAAUCUGAGAUCACGAGGGGAUCAAAAAUCAGAUAGCUUGAAUAUUUAGCAUGGUUUAGUGACAAUGUGCUCUUUAUAUCCUGA